CCCCUUAUAUGCAUGAGUUAUGAGUAUUUUGUGAUUAGAGGGCUAUGGCUGUGUUUGACGUUCAGUUGUUUGUAAACACACUACUUUAUUUCUUUAUUUUUGUUUGUGGAUUUGCAAUAUCAAUACCACUGGGGGUAACAGGCAUUGAGAAUUCUGGAGGGUGCCUGCUAUACGCCUCCCUCAAACCUUACAACUCCACGUACUAUACACUGCUAUACAGCAAGAAAUCCAACUGUGACGUCCCCAUCUAUGUUGGUGUGUUUGUUUGUAUCUUCUACGCCCUGGGGAUGGGCGUUUACAACACCUACGCUAUAUAUAAAUCCCAGAAGGACCCGUCCAUAGCAUCCCAGAUGUGGGUUAUGCCGUUCAUCAUGUUGAACUCUCUGGUGACUGCUGUUAUGUUUGUCGCCUCCUGUAUGGUUAGUGUUGGAUUUAAAGGAAUCUGUGACUCAUUGACGGGAGGACAAUAUAAGUACUAUUCCAGUUGUGUAAAGGCAGAGAAGCAGAAACUGGUGAACCAGUCAACAAAAAAGAUUAGCUCUACAGGACAUUUCUACACCUAUAUAAAUGUUACACAGACUGCCUCGUGGAUUUGUACCCUUGGCUGGUUAGCGCUGGUUAUUUCUGGAAUAGUCCGGUUUGCUCUCAAUAGACGCCUCAGAACACAAGCAAGUGCGCCAUCAGAUAUGACAAAUAUAGCCAGCAUCGAACCGACGGCAUAGUGAAGAAACUACGUCAUAAUACAACGUAAUAGAACGUCAUCAGACAUAAUUUACAUAAUCAUUCACCGAUGUCAUAUUGUCAUUGUGUUUAUAUACAGCUGAAGACAUCAAACACUUAAACCAUUCCUGAUUUGAAUGAAUUUCCAAGUGCAUUCAUUUUCAAAUAUCGUAAAAUUCUAUCAUAAUGUUUGUAAAUUCGUAUUUCUGAAGAUUUUCCAAUGUUAUGUUAAUGUUUUUGCAUUUACACAUGUA